AUGUUGACUAAAUAUCAACGCUCGGGAGAGACGGUCACCAGUGUCAUCAGUCUGUCUCCGGCUCUGCCCAAAAAACAAAGAAAAUACCGCAAGAAGAAAAGCAGACAUCACCGAGAGGAGACUCCCCCAGAAAUACCAGCCAAAGUCCCGAUUGGAGACAAAACGAGAAAACCCAAACUUUUAAAACCACAACCGCGGAAGCUUUUGUUGCCAAAGAUUGUGGAGGAGAACCUGACGUACGCGGAGCUGGACCUGGUGCGACCGCUGCCUCCGGAGGGCAUGGCGUCCCGCAGCGGAACCGUGUACGCUCAGAUCAUGUUUGAGGAGCAGCAGCUGUGA